AUGCCUCUGUUCAGCUGGAUGAAAUGGUCGCAUGAGACGAGAGAGCAGGCUCAGGAUACAACACCGUCUCUGAAGAGCUCGGGGGUUGUACCCAGCCGCAUGUUGAUCACAGAACUCCUGUGGCACGUGGAAGAACGCGAGCGGCUGGCAAGACAACUGGAGCGUGAGCACAGGCUAGCCCACAGUGCCCUGGGUCUUCACUGGUUUCAGAAGUAUCCCAGGUUACGAACCCUCAUCCCCUCAUCGGAGCUACACCAGCUGGAGUUCCUGUGCGCUCAGAUUCCACCAAGCCACGCAGCCACCGUCCUCUCCAGGUUUCGUGAGGUGCUUGCGACUAACAACAUAAGGCCCUGGGAGCUGGCGUCUGUCUUCAAGCAGGUACUGAGGGACUUCCUGAACCAAAACGAAUAUGGUGAAGAUCACGACUUCUCAGUGCAGCCAGCACAGUUCCGACCAAUGGAAGCUUGGACGAGCCGUUACAAAAUGAAGCAGGGCUUUGUCACACCGACAGUACCCAACUGUGGAGACCAUCCGAGAGAAGAGAUCCCUACAGUCUCUGGAUACGUGGAUCGGGCCAUGCGACAUUCCAGUUCAUUCACAGCCACCAGAGACUGGGACCUUCCAUAUUACUAUCCAACACCUCUCAGGCCCAAAGCGGCGUACACCACUACACUGUGAGAGAACACAACUACCAUUACAUUUGCAGUCUUGUGUUUCACACAGGGAAAUAACUAUUAUCACAUUCACAGCAUGGAGACAAUAUGGGAUAACCUGUAUUAGUUAUACAUGUUCAGUAAAAACAACAUUAGGCUAGGUGGUAAAUGUGCUCAGACGUUAAUAACUAUAUUUUGCAAUAACUAGAUUUUUGUUUGCCUGCUCUUUCUAUCCUAUUUAAUGAACUGAGUGGUCUAUGUAGUCCUGAUUACAAACCGCAGUUAAAUUUUGAACAGUUGAGGAUGGAUUUUAAAGGCCUGCUGUCAGGUAGUUGGAAUGACUUCAUACCAAAAGCACAGAAUAUGUUUGUGGAUUUUUGACUCUUGAAGUCAAAAACAGUGCUUACUUGUCACAGCUCAUCGCAAACUCAAAAUGCAAAUGAGUGUUGUUUCAUGUGACCCAUUUUUAGAGAUAUAAAGAUGAAAAAUUGUAAAAUAUUUCAAAAUAAAAACACGGAGAUUAAGGAAAACAUAA